AUGGAGAAAAUCACAACCUCACCCCGUCCCAUAACCCCCCGCCUAGCUCAAAAAUGGUACGAACACUUCAACCUUGACCUAAUCAUCAAAGUCCUGCACCAAACCUUCCUCCACCCCUUCGUCGCAUGGAUCGUCGUCCUCUGUCUCCGCGCGCAGGUCACGCCCACCGACCAUCCAGCAUGGAUCAUCGCGGUAGGGUACGCGACCUUCCUUACGUUACUUGCGGCCGCGAGCAUGCUCAAUCGUCGGUUGGCGUAUGGUUUGCCUCGGGAGGUGGAGCCGAGUCAUGAGGUUAUUGUGAUUACUGGUGGGGGAAGUGGGUUGGGACAGCUUAUUGCGCAGAUUUAUGGAAUGAGGGGUGCUAGUGUUGCGGUAUUGGAUAUUAAGGAGGUCGCCGAGGUGGAUGGGUGGCAUGAGCUGUCGGGCGUGGAGUAUUAUCAGUGCGAUGUCGGGAAUAGGAAGGCUGUGGAGAUGACGGCUAAGAAGAUUGAGGAUGAUCUGGGAAGACCGACGGUGCUCAUCAAUUGCGCCGCAGCGUCUGUACAUGGUGUGCCAUUGCUGUCACUAACCCCCGGAUCCAUGACGAAAACAAUCCAAACAAACCUCCUAGCGCCAUUCCAUCUGAUGCAAACCUUUUUACCGGCGAUGCUGGAAACCAACAUAGGCGGCGUCAUAGUGAAUGUGAGCUCUGUUCUGGGCUAUCUUACACCUGCCGGUCUCUCGGAUUAUUCAGUCAGCAAAGCUGGUCUGAGCGCACUGCAUAAAUCACUCGAGGCUGAGCUGAGAGCCUCCGGCCAUGAUGAUAAGAUCAAGACAUUGUUGGUAGAAACGGGACAGCUCUCGACACCUCUGUUCAAUGGGAUUGAGACACCAAGUCGAUUCUUUGCCCCAAUUCUCGAGCCUAUCCAAGUCGCGUAUGAAAUUGUGUCGGCUAUUGAUAAUGGACAAAGUGGUGUCAUUAGAUUGCCAGCCUUUGCCAAGCUGGUGAAUUGGUAUGCUGUACUGCCUGCAUCCAUCCAAAGGCUCGCCCGUCACCUGAGCGGAAUCGACACCGCUGUUGCAAAAGCGUAUAACCGUAACGUUUUCCAACCAGAAAGCGUGCCUGAGAGUGGAUCAGAGAGCGAUAUAUGA